UGAUAUUUCGAUUCAGUUGUACAUACGAUUAUAUUGCGCGUUUAAUCAAAUAAAAAAGUAUAAAAGUAUAAUUAGUGAAUAGUGCUGAUCGAAACAAGCAUGAUCAAAAAAUUUUUUAUUUUUUGUGCAUUAAUUGCAUUAAUUAAUGCAUUAUCUUGGAAUUAUAAUCCAAAAAUUAUAAAUGGGGAGGAUGCCAAAGAAGGAGAAAUUCCUUAUCAAGUAUCACUGCAGAACAAAUUUAGCUCUUUCCAUUUUUGCGGUGGAUCUAUUCUCAAUGAAAAUUAUGUGAUUACUGCAGCGCAUUGCGUCCAUGGUAAAUUUUCAGAAGAUAUCAAAGUUGUGGCAGGCACGAUCAAUCUGGCCAAUCCAAGAUACGAGAAUGAUGUCAAUGAAAUCAUUGUUCACGAAAAAUACAACGUUUCAGAUUCGUGGAAGAACGACAUAGCAUUACUCAAAGUUAAGACAUCAUUUACACUAUCGAAUACAAUUUCCUCCGUCCCUCUUCCAUCACCAAACGACAUCAUUAAGCCAAAUGAUUUGGCAACUGUUUCUGGCUGGGGCAGACUUAGACAAGGAGGACCAACAACUAUUUACUUACAACGAGUAAACAUCCUAAUUGCAAAUCAAGAAUAUUGUGAAUUAACGUAUAAAAAAAUAAAUUAUACUGUUUACGAAUCCCAAAUUUGUGCAUACUAUCCAACCAGUGAAAAAGGAUCGUGUAAUGGUGAUUCUGGUGGUCCCUUGACCGUCAAUGGAAAACUCGUUGGUCUCGUUUCAUGGGCAAUGGGCUGUGCCCUCAUUGAUUAUCCAACUGUCUAUACCCGUGUUGAAUCAUAUCUUGAUUGGAUAAAAGAAAAUGCUAUAUAAAUUUUACAACACACGAUUAUUAACUCUUUGCGCUCCAACAAGUGAUUCUUGGUCAUUUGGAUUGAUGCAACAAUUUUAACAAACUUUAACAAUAUUUAUUUAUCUUUGAUUUUUUAUUUAUAGAAUAUCGCUAGAAAUAUUAUUUUCAAAGUUAUUUUUGAGUUUUGUUAGUGCAUGGAACACGGUAAUGAAAUUAGUUCAAGCGAAGAUGAGUUUGAUUUUAUUGAAUGACGAAAUUAUUUCUAUUCAUAAAGAAAUUAACGAAUAGCAGAGAAAUAGAGACUUUAAUAUUCAAUAAAUUUUUUUCUUUAUAUAUAAAGAUAUAUGAAGUAUUAAAAUAUAAAAGUCAUAUGCGUUAAUUUGUAUGUGAAAUCAUAAAUUAGCUGUAAGAAAUUCCACAGAAUGCAUUGGUUCAACCGAAUGGAACAAGUUUGGAGUGCAAAGAGUUAAUAUCAUAUAUAUGGAUUAUGAGUUACUAAUAUGUUAUAAUAUAUUAUCUUAAAAUAAAUAAAUUAAUCUUAGUAUUGUGAAAAA